UUCGAAUUUACUGACUUCUGUCUGACUCUCGGGCCAGCACAAUGCUUCUGCUGUGCAAAGAAAACCAGGCCAAAUUACCUGAGCGAGAGCUUUUUCAUGGUGAAAGGCGCAGCCCUUUUCUUGCAGCAAGGAAACAGCUCCCAGGGCCAGCGAAGCCUCCAGCAUCCUCACAAACAUGCAGGUGAUUUGCCCCAGCACCUCCAGGUGAUGAUCAACCUCCUUCGCUGCGAGGAUAGGAUCAAACUGGCUGUCCGUUUGGAAAGCGUGUGGACAGACCGAGUCCGGUACAUGGUGGUUGUGUACAGCAGCGGGCGGCAGGACACGGAGGAGAAUAUUCUGCUGGGGGUGGAUUUCUCCAGCAAGGAGAGUAAGAGCUGCACGAUAGGAAUGGUUCUUCGUCUGUGGAGCGACACUAAAAUCCAUCUUGAUGGUGAUGGUGGCUUCAGCGUGAGCACCGCAGGGAGAAUGCACAUCUUCAAGCCGGUGUCGGUGCAAGCCAUGUGGUCCGCUUUGCAGAUCCUCCAUAAAGCCUGUGAGGUUGCAAGGAGGUACAACUACUUCCCAGGCGGGAUGGCCUUGGUCUGGGCCACGUACUACGAGAGCUGCAUCAGCUCCGACCAGAGCUGCAUCAACGAGUGGAACGCCAUGCAGGACCUGGAGUCCACCCGCCCCGACUCUCCAGCCCUCUUUGUGGACAAGCCAACUGAAAGGGAGCGAACAGAGCGACUCAUUAAAGCCAAACUCCGGAGCAUUAUGAUGAGCAAAGACCUGGAAAAUGUGACUUCUAAGGAGAUCCGAAAUGAGCUGGAGAAACACAUGAAUUGCAACUUGAAGGAAUUCAAGGAAUUCAUAGACAACGAAAUGCUGCUUAUCCUGGGUCAGAUGGACAAACCGUCUCUGAUUUUUGAUCAUUUAUAUCUGGGGUCUGAGUGGAACGCCUCCAACCUCGAGGAGCUGCAGGGCUCAGGCAUUGACUACAUUUUGAACGUGACCAGAGAAAUUGAUAACUUUUUCCCCGGUUUGUUCGCGUAUCACAACAUCCGGGUGUACGACGAGGAGACCACGGACCUGCUGGCUCACUGGAACGAGGCGUACCACUUCAUAAACAAGGCCAAGAAGAAUCACUCCAAGUGCCUGGUGCACUGCAAAAUGGGUGUGAGCCGGUCAGCGUCCACGGUGAUCGCGUACGCGAUGAAGGAAUUUGGCUGGUCGCUGGAAAAGGCUUAUAAUUACGUGAAACAGAAACGCAGCAUUGCCAGACCGAACGCGGGCUUCAUGAGACAGCUUUUGGAGUACGAAGGCAUUUUAGAUGCGAGCAAGCAGCGCCACAAUAAACUGUGGAAGCAGCAGGCAGAGAGCAACCUACCCCAAAACACGGAUGGCACCGCGGGGUCGGGCGACUUCUUACUGGAGAGCUUGGACAUCGACCUGGAGAACCGCCUGGCUGACCUGGACGCGCCUUCGCACUCGGCCUUCCUGGACAACCGCGCCGGCAGCGGCGUGUCCGUGGGCUUCAAUUACUGCUUCCGCCGCCUCUCGGACGCGCUGCUGGAGAACAAGAUCCCCGCUGACAGGGAGGGCUUUUUCCACGUGGAGGAGCUGGAGCGGGACGCACUGGCAGAGCGCAGGGCCUCGCUGGGGGGACGGCCCCCGUCCACGCCUUCCGAGAUGGCGAAAUCCCUGGAGCCGGCGGAGCCGCUGGCGGAGCUGAGCAGUUUCAGCGAGAAGGAGGUGAAGAAGAAACUGGAGUUCAGCCCCAGGAAGGGGAGGACGGUGCUGGGCCCCAGGGACCCCGGGGAGGACGGUGUCAGGGAGGAGAACGCGAUGGAGAAGUGGAAGCGGCGUUUGUCCAUGCACAAGGAGGAGAGCAGGCUCAAUAGGGAGAACUUGAACAACAACAACAGCAAAAGGAGUUGCCCAGAGGAUUUUGAGCACGACGCUGUGUUUGGGAUCCUCAGCAAGGUCAAGCCUCCCUACCAGGCUUGCGCUGACUGCAUGUACUCCUCGGCCGGUUUGGCUCCCGAAUCCUUCGGGGAGCAGUGCGAGAAGCUGAACGCCAGCGCUGCGCAUCGCAACACCACCAUCUGCACGCAGCCAGCCCUCCUCUCCCACAUCAAAUCCAACCUGGCAGACCACCUGCCCAGCAAGGCGCACUCGGAGGAGGCAAUCAAUCCCUUUCCUCUGUCGGCAGGAGCUGGUGCUUUGGAGGCUGGCGCUUGCAAAUCGUUUGAUGAACACUGCAGCAUUUUGGAGAAAGGAAGAGAUGCAUCAAAAACCCCGGUCAAAACCCUGCUGCCCAGGAGAAACUCGCACUGUGACAGGAGCCUCCUUCACGCAGAAGUGGUAAAGGAAGAGUCUCUAGCCCGAAAAGAUGGCAAACCCACCAAGGACGUGAAGUACUUGUUGUUCAGCAAAGACUUGGAAAAGCCGAGUGCCAGCAGUUACUUGAUGCAGCACCAGGAGUCUCUGAUUCAGCUGCAGAAGGCAGGCUUGGUGAGGAAGCACACCAAAGAGCUGGAGCGGCUCAAAAGCCUCCCCCCAGACGCCGUCUCGCUGCUCAGGGAGAGUCCCCUGAGCAGAGCGGACGCCGACAUUGUGGAGGAAAGCGAGGAUUUGAUUUCGCAGCACGGCCUCGUGCCUCUCCUGGGACCGGUGCCGCUGAUACCGGCAGACGCAGGAAACGCCGUGGAGAAGCUGGAGGUGAAACGCAUCUUGGAGGGGUCCUCUCAGAAAACCUCCACGCCGCUCAUGUGUCGGGUGGAGCACACCAGCAGCUUCACCAAGGACUUCCUCAAGACCAUCUGCUACACGCCCUCCUCGUCCCGCAGCUCCAACCUGACACGCAGCUCCAGCAGCGACAGCAUCCACAGCGUGCGGGGCAAACCCGGCCUGGUGAAGCAGCGGACUCAGGAAAUCGAGACCAGGCUGCGCCUGGCGGGCUUGACCGUGUCCUCUCCUCUGAAAAGGUCCAAUUCCCUCGCCAAGCUGGGCUGUCUCGACCUGUCCUCCGAGGACCUGUCCAGCGACAUGGACGUGUCAACCGUCGCGGACUCCAAAGAGGCCGUUUCAAGCGACUCUUCCGUGCUCUGUGAGCCACAACCCGCGCUGAGGAGUGCGGACGUCGCCUCCAAGCUGGCAGGGAAGCCAGCGGUCGGGAACUUGAAGAACACGCCUUGGAUGGGCAAAAGUUGA